AAUUGUUAUAAAAAUUUACCUGUUGCAACUGCCAGUUAUUGCAACUUUAGCUGUCCAACGCGUGUUAUAUUGUGAUAUACCAAAUUAAUAACCACGAUGAGAGGAUACUAUUCGGUGAUCAUCGCACUGACACUCGUCGUUCUUGGAUUAUCUGCAAGUCGAAUUCCGAGUUCAUUUAUAAAGGAGCCCGAAUGUCCGCCGUCAGGCACCGUCAAAUUGCCUUAUACGGAGAGCUGCACUAAUUUAUAUUACAUUUGUAAAAAUGGCAAGGCCAUCAUAGCCGAGUGUCCCGAAGGACUGCAUUUCGUUGAAAAUCUGCAGAUAUGUGACUUUCCGCCCAAGGAAUGUUACCCCGACAAGCCGAUACCUCAAAUUAUAGAUGAUUCCGAUAUAGAUUCCGAGUAAUUCCGAUAUAUACUCUACACCUAUAUUGAAAAUUUAAUGUAACAAGUAUUUACUAUAUUUAAGGUAAAUAAACUAUACCUAUAAAUACUUAUUUUAUCUACUAUAAAAAAAUUUUAAACAUGAAAUAUUAAUUUCUUAUGUUAUAAGAAACUUUUAAAAAUCUUUGUAUUUUUCUCACAUUUAUCAAUUCACAUAUGGAUAAAACAAGCUAAAUAAAGAAUACAAGAGCUAAA